AUGUCUGCAAACCUUCCCGAAGAGGACCUCUCCUGUCCCGUGUGCUGCGAGAUCUUCCAGGAUCCGGUGCUUUUGCCGUGCAGCCACAGUUUCUGCAGGAGCUGUCUGGAGCACUUCUGGGAGAGCGCGGUCUUUCGUAGCUGCCCCGUCUGCAGAAGAAGAGCCUCCAAGAAAAGCCCCCCUUCAAACCGGGCCCUCAAAAACCUGUGUGAAGCGUUCCUGCUGGGCAGAGGCCAGGACAGUGCAUCUGGAACGAACAUCCUGUGCUGGAGACAUGGGGAAAAGCUCAAACUCUUCUGUUUGGUGGAUCAGGAGCCCAUCUGCGUGGUGUGCCAAGCCUCAAAAAUGCACAAAGGUCACGACUGCUCUCCCACGGAAGAGGCGGCUCAGAACUGUAAGGAUAAAAUGUAUGCUGCCAUGACGGUACUGCAAUGUAAGCUGGAGGUAUUCGAUAAAGCAAGACAAUCUUCAGCUAUUACUUUGGAGCACAUUAAGAAUCAGGCCAAUCGGGUUGAGAGACAAAUGAAGGAUGAGUUUCUCAAGCUCCAUCAGUUUCUUUAUGAGGAGGAAGAGCAGAGGUUAUCAGCACUGAAAGAAGAGGAAGAGCACAGGGUUGCUGCUGUGAGAAACAGAGAUGAUGACGAUGCACAGAGGAUUUCGUCUCUUACAGACAUAAUCAGGACAAUGGAGCAAACCAUAAAUGCUGAAGAUUUAACAUUGCUGCAGAACUUCAAAGCUAUCAUAGACAGAAUGUGCAGUACAUGGCAGGAUCCAGAAGGCAUGUCUGGAUCUUUGUUGGAUGAAUCGAAGCAUCUUGGGAAUGUAAAGUAUAAGGUCUGGGAGAAGAUGAAGGGAGUUGCACCUUACAGUCCAGUAAUUCUGGACCCAAACACAGCCCACCCUUGCUUGACGCUGUCAGAUAGCCUGACCAGUCUCCGCUAUAGCACCCCAAACCAAGGCCUCCCGAGUAACCCUGAGCGCUUCCACAUCAGUGCAGAGGUGCUGGGCUGCACUGCCUUCAGCUCCGCAAGCCACAGCUGGGAGAUCCAGGUUGGGGACAAUGAGGACUGGAUCCUGGGCUUGGCCAGUGACAGUGUGAAGAGAGAUCAGGAAGUUCCUGCCAGACCAGAGAAUGGCUUCUGGACCAUCUGCCUACGGGAUGGGCAAUACAGGGCGAUGUCAUCCCCCCCAACUGCUCUAAAAGUGGAGGAGAAACUGCAAAGGGUUUCGGUUCAGCUGAACUGGGACGGGGGGGAGGUGAUUUUUUCAAACCCAUUGCGUCAAGAAAUCAUAUACACAUUUAAACAUGUCUUUACAGAAAAGUUACUUCCGUACUUCUACACACAAAGUAAGCAGCCUUUGCAGAUCCUCUCCAAGCCUGUGUUGGUGUCUACGUGAAAGUAUCAUCUAAUAUCUAAUAUAAUACAGAGAAGCUCUUAAUAGUACACAACACAUGUAUUAAAUAAAUGCAGAUUUAAACAGGUUCAACUCAAUCAGUAUUGUGCAAAGUAGCCCGAGGCCUAAUGUGCCUGUGCAAGCUUAUCCUCACUGCUAAUAAAA